CGUUCGAGUUCCGCUCUGUGAACCGCUCCUCUCUGAACCGCACUUUUUUCUCUGGUUCACCGGGGUUUUUCGCUUUUGUUAUUGUUAUCUACGCUCCAAGCUCGGGACUCGAAUUAGUAAGCGAACGUAGCUCCAGUACAGCGCAUCGCAAAUACCAAAAAGACCAGGGCUUCGCAAAUUGCGGCAACCGGAACAAUGUACAAAAAGAAGCAUCCGAACCCGGUGUCCAACCACUUUGUCUAUAGCGAAAGGUCGCGGAAGAGCACGUGCAAGGAGUGCCACUUCGACAUGGCGGGUCGUCAUUCCGAGAACCUCAUGCGGCACCUAAAACGCAAACACGAGGCGGUCUACAAUGUCGUCGUCGCCGAAAAGCAGGCUAUCCGGAACCUCAUCUCCAAACAGAAAGCAAAGAAGAUCGAUGAUGACGUUCCGGAGGCCCCAAUUCUGUCCUCAAUGUUCCACUUCCCAUCGGAACCCAAGAAAAUUCGCAUCGCGAAGGAAGCCACACAGUCGGCCAACACUAUUGCCGUAGUUACCACCACCGAGAGUCUGGAUGAUGAAGACGAGGGCGACAAGGAGAACGAGGACAACGGUCCUGGCAGCCAAUUCCACAGCAUCUUCAUUGGCAAAACGGAGCUGGCGGAUGAGCACGAUCUAUCUGAUGAAUCGACGACCACCUUGGCCUCCAGUUCAACUUAUGGCCACACAAUUGCUCCUGCUCCUGCUCCUACUGCUGCUCGUCUUGAACCGAUUCCCGUCAAUGAUCCCACUUCAUCAGUUCGUGCAACGCCAUCGGAUUGCCCGCUCGCCGGCGAGGAUGCCUUCUAUCUGCGGUAUCUGGGCAACAAGCUGGGCAAGUACUCCGCCCGCACCAGAAGCACCGUCCAGUUCCAAAUCAAUCGGAUUCUCUACAAGGCGGACUUGGGAUGUUUCGAGCAAGCAGACCCCCAGAUAGAUGAAUCCGACAUCUAAAACAAAUCUCAAACCAUAUGCUGUUAAUUUUUGAUCUAAGAACAACGCGUACUUCGUGUGUGUUUCUUGGCUCAGCUGUAAAUAAAUAAUCCCACGAUGUGAAAAACACCUAAAAAA